UGCUACUAAUAACCUCUCCGGUGAUUUUGGCGCUGAGCUGCAUGAGAGACCAACCACCAGGCCUGGAGUAAAAAAAAGCAGGGUGCUUUUGUUAAACCAGAGAAAGAAGGGGCUAGAGAUAAUUAUUAUGAUUAUUGUUAUGUAGAAUACUGCAGACAAGAGGAGGCCGAGAAUUGGACAUAUCUAUUUGUAGCAUUCUACUAAAGACUCCAGUCCCUACUCUGAGGAAGAGCCAAGCUUUGGGAUUGGGCAGCGACCAGAUAGCGUAACACCCCCUCCUCCUCUCUGUUGAGAAUUGCGUUAAAACGAAAAAGGAAAAGGCCUGCGCUUUUUCAAUAUUACAGCAUUGUUUUGACUUUUUUCUUCUUAUAUAUUAAACGAGGAAACGUUGCUGGCUGGUGUAUGUGUUUAGAAUGGGACACGCUGAAGGUCCAGUCAAAGAAAAAGACAGUUAAGGAUGCAGGAGCCCAACAAUGGAUUUCUCCUUCUCUUUCAUGCAAGGGAUCAUGGGAAAUACAAUUCAGCAACCCCCUCAGCUCAUUGACUCAGCCAACAUCAGACAGGAAGGCACCUGUGACACCGGCAGUGAUCCAGGCGAGGAUGGUGGUCCCUCCUACGAUGCUGCCUUGGAUGCAGAGUUUUCCUACCCGCCGCCAGCCUCGGAGGACAUGUCGCAGGUCACCAACGGCUACCCGCCUGGUCUGGGCAUGUACGAGCCGCAGGCCAAGUUCUCCAUGUACUCGCAGUUCCCCAACGGCUCGGCUAAUGGCUACGGGGCCAUACGGAGCUACGGUGAUCACAGUCUCAUGCCGGGGGAGGGGACGGUCCUGAGAGGCCCGGGUCUCCAGGAGAGACCUUUGUCUCCUGUGUCCCCCCCUCUGCCCACACAUCACCCACACCUCCACCACCAUCAUCAUCAGCCUCAUCACCACCACCACGCGCACCACUUCAACUCAAACCCACCUCAUAUACAAACCCACCCACAGAGUCCUCCGCCGCCGCCACUGCCCGCCCAGCACCACAUGCACCAUACACCUCACAUCAUGACCCACACUCUCCCCCCUCCUCCCCCACUAAUCUUGCCUUCCUCCAGUCCACCCCCCUCCCUUGUGGACAGUACCCCUUCUUCUCAAUCCUCCCACGCCAUGUCCAAUACACCUGGUGGGGUGCUGAAAAAAACCAGUUCUCCCGAGAUCAAGCUGAAGAUCAUAAAGACGUACCAGAAUGGGAAAGAGCUGUUUGAAUCUGCGCUCUGUGGGGACCUGCUGCAGGAACUGCAGAAGGAGUCUCAGAAGAAUGAGGCCACUCAGAUGCAGCGCAGACAUGAGAGGAAGAAGGAGAAGAGGAAAAAGAGUGUGAGGCUGCAGGUCCAGGAACAGAACCUGGACCAGAGCCAAGCAGAGGCAGGUAACAUGGAGCAGACAGAGGACAUCCACAUCCAGCCCCAGCCAAUAGAAACACCGCCAGCUCAGAAAGAGAAGCCUCAGAAGACUGUUAUAAAAACUGAACCAAAGACACCGAAGGUUCCAAAAGUCCAUCAUCCAUCAGUGAUCCAGGAGACGGGCUUCUGUAAGGAGUUUGUAAUAGGAGAUCUGGUGUGGUCCAAGGUGGGCACCUACCCCUGGUGGCCCUGCAUGGUCUCCUCUGACCCACAGAUGAAGGUCCAUACUCGCAUCAACACCAGAGGUCACAGGGAGUAUCACGUCCAGUUCUUUGGCAGUGUCGCUGAGCGGGCUUGGAUCCAUGAGAAGAGGAUAGUCCUGUACCAGGGAAAGCAACAGUUUGAUGACCUUCAGGCUGAGACUUUGCGUAAGGCCACAAAUCCUGUAGAAAAGAGCAAACUCCUGAAGCCGAUCCCUCAGCGGGAGCGUUCUCAGUGGGAGGUGGGUGUGGGCCACGCUGAGGACGCCUUUGUGAUGACCCGGCAGGAGCGAAUUGACAACUACACCUUCAUCUACGUCGAUCCAGACCCACAUGAAGGCACGUCCAGCAAGAAACCCAGCAUUAGAGCUGAGAAACGAAACCGGCGCUCCAGUGGCUCAACUUGUAAAAAGGAUGAGGGAGGAGUGAAGUCACCAGAGAGAGAGCAGCCGCCACGAAGGCUGCUGCCACGCAGACAGUGUAGUGUUUCAAACACAGAUGACAACACAAACUCCCAGGCCUCAAAUGAAGAAAAGAACCAGAGGGGGGACCAGGGUAAAACCAGUUCCCCAAAACAGAGCGCAGGUCGUGAUGCAAGAGUACAGCAGGACUCGCCGCCACCAGUCAGGGCCUGGAAAACAGCAGCUGCAAGGAAGCUGCUGCCUCUCUCCAUCACCAUGAAGAGGCUAAAUGUUGAGAUCACAAAGUGUGAUUGGCCUCUCUUGCAGAAAAAAGCUGCUGCCUCUCCAAAAAAAGAACAAGAAGAAGAGAAGGAGGAGACAGUGGAGAGAGAGGCCCGGCAGCCCGACCUGGGAUACUGUUCCCCUGAGGACAGCAGAGCUAAACCUGAACCCAGUCCAGAGGAGGAGGAUGACGGGGACGAAGGGGAGGAAGAGGGGGAGGAGAGGAGAGGCUCCCCUGCCAGUAGGCGGAGUGAGGAGGGAGGAAUGCAGCAGACCUCCUCUCCUGGAUCACACCACAGUAGUCCACAUGGUUCUCAGGAGAGGAAGCUGCAGCGGCGGUCAGUCAGGAGCAGGUCUGAGUCAGAGAGAGGCAACGAUCCUGUCCCCAAGAAGAAAACCAAAAAGGAACAGGCUGAGAUGGCUCCUGAGACCACACUGAGGACUGGUUCACAAAAAGGAGCCAGUGAGAUCUCAGACGCCUGCAAGCCCCUGAAGAAGCGAAGCAGAGCAUCAACAGAUGUAGAGAUGGCUUCUUCUCAGUACAGAGACACGUCUGACUCUGACUCUAGAGGCCUAAACGACCCACAGGGUUUAUUUGGGAAGAGUCUUGACAGUCCAGCAGCAGCAGAUGCAGAUGCUUCAGAUACUCAGUCUGUGGACUCUGGCUUGUCUCGUCAGGAUGGCAGCAACGGCAAGAGAGACACCGUCUGCCAGAUCUGCGAGGUUUACGGAGAAGGUUUGGUGGUGUGUGAAGGUGACUGCAACAGACAGUUCCACCUGGACUGUCUCGGUGUGACAUCCGUACCUGAAGGCCGAUUCACCUGCUUGGAAUGCAGAAAUGGCAAUCAUACUUGUUUUAGCUGUAAAACGGCAGGCCGUCAAGUGACACGCUGCUCUGUGUCUGGAUGUGGUUGUUACUACCACAAGGACUGUGUCCGUAAACUCCCGGGCACCACCACCAGUUCGGACGGAGGCUUCUGCUGCCCUCAGCAUAGCUGCUCUACCUGCUGCCUGGAGAGAGACCUGCAGCGAGCCUGUAAAGGUCGUCUGAUGCGUUGUAUCCGCUGUCCGGUGGCCUAUCACACAGGAGACAGCUGCGUGGCGGCAGGCAGCGUCGCCCUCACCCAUCACAUUAUGAUCUGCAGCAGCCACAGCAGCACCAAGAAGAACGGCCUCCUCACUUCCCCCAUCAAUGUGGGCUGGUGCUUCCUGUGUGCCAGAGGGCUGUUAGUGCAAGACCUUACUGACACCAUAUUAAGUUCAUAUGCCUAUAAGUCCCACUACCUUCUGACUGAGUCAAAUCGUGCUGAGUUGAAAUUACCUAUGAUUCCCUCUCCUUCGUCAGCUACCAAAAAGAAUGUUGGGAAAGGAGGCAAGUUGCUGUGCUGUGACACAUGCCCGGCUUCCUUUCACCCGGAGUGUCUGGAGAUGGAGAUGCCGGAGGGGGCGUGGUCCUGCAGUGAUUGCAGGGCAGGAAAGAAACCUCACUACAAACAAAUUGUCUGGGUCAAACUGGGCAACUACAGAUGGUGGCCAGCGGAGAUCUGCAACCCUCGCCUUGUGCCAUCAAACAUUCAGAGCCUUCGCCACGAUGUCGGUGACUUCCCCGUCUUCUUCUUUGGCUCCCACGACUACUAUUGGAUCAAUCAGGGCCGGGUCUUCCCCUACGUGGAGAAUGACAAGAACUUUGUCACUGGUCAAAUCAACAUCAACAAAACCUUCAAGAAAGCUCUGGAAGAAGCAGCCCGACGGUUUCAGGAGCUCAAGGCGCAAAGGGAGAGCAGGGAGGCUCUAGAGCAGGAACGUAACUCUCGCAAACCCCCACCAUACAAGUUCAUCAAGUCCAACAAACCAGUGGGGAAAGUGCAGGUGCAUGUUGCUGACUUGUCCGAAAUCCCACGAUGCAACUGCAGACCAUCAGAUGAGCAUCCUUGCAGCCUCCAUUCUCAAUGUCUUAACCGCAUGCUGCAGUACGAGUGUCAUCCACAGGUGUGUCCCGCAGGAGACAACUGUGAGAACCAAUGCUUUUCCAAGCGGCUGUAUGCAGAGACAGAAGUGAUAAAGACAGAUGGCCGUGGCUGGGGUCUCAGGACCAACCAGGCUCUCAGGAAGGGUGACUUUGUGACAGAGUAUGUGGGAGAGGUGAUCGACUCAGAGGAGUGCCAGCAGCGAAUCAAACGUGCCCAUGAAAAUCAAAUGGCCAACUUCUACAUGCUCACCCUCACCAAGGAUCGUGUGAUAGAUGCCGGCCCAAAAGGAAACUCGUCUCGGUUUAUGAACCACAGCUGCAGCCCGAAUUGUGAAACGCAGAAGUGGACAGUAAACGGAGACGUUCGCAUCGGACUCUUCACCCUUUGUGAUAUCGAUGCUGACACAGAGCUGACGUUCAACUACAACCUGCACUGUGUGGGCAACAGGAGAUCGUCUUGCCACUGUGGAUCAGACAACUGCUCUGGAUUCCUCGGGGUGCAACCAACGAGUGCUGUGGUGAUGGAAAAAGAGGAGAAGGCCAGGAACGCCAAGCUGAAGCCUAAGAAGCGGAAGCUGAGGCUGGAAGGCAAACACGUGCAUGAAUACUUCUGUUUUUGCUGCGGAGAAGGAGGGGAGCUGGUGAUGUGUGACAGAAAGGACUGUCCAAAAGCGUACCACCUGCUGUGUCUCAACCUUACCAAACCGCCAUACGGUCGCUGGGAAUGUCCGUGGCACGACUGCAGCAUUUGUGGUGCCCCGGCCUCAUCUCUCUGUGACUUCUGCCCUCGCUCGUACUGCCGGGAACACGAGGCGGGGGCACUCACCUCCUCCUCCCUUGAAGGCCGCCCCUGUUGUUCCAGUCACAACCCCAUCAGUCCCCUGGGCUCCCACUCCAGCUCGACCCAGCCACGCCUCUCCGCUCUGAGCCCUGUCACCGUCAAAGAGGAGCCGGAGGCGGGCCAGCUGGCUUCAGAGUGACACACCGCAGCUCCCUCAAUACCUCAUUCCCUGUAAAGUGCACUCCUAUUGGCCUCAUGGGCUUCGGCCCACCUCUGAUCUGAAGCAGCGCAUGACAGAAGGGAACACAGUGCUUUUUGACCAGUGCGAUGGCAAGACACGCCAAUGAACACCCUGAUGCCAUUUGUGGUGAGAGCAACUGGAGUAUCGCCUGGGGAAGUGACCAGGCAUCAUUGUGCGCUGUUUUCCCUCCUCUCUUGCCAUAAAACACCACUAAAAACGCUCUCUACAGCUCACCUCCGCCCGUCGGAGGACCUAGACCACCACCUCAUUAUGUUUCUUUUUUAAAUUUUUACAGCUGUGGAAAUUUUAAGUGUUGUCACGUUGUCAGAUUCUGGCACUUUGAAAAACUCAACGAGUGAGGUGGAGGGAGAUGUAGAGCAAAGAGGAGGAGGAGCAUGUGUGAAGCUGAACCUCCGCCGACAUGCUGCUCCUCUCCUUGUUUACCUGCUGUAAGCUGUGGUCGGCAACUCACUCACAGGAUGGCUGCACCGAGACGAGCCAGCCUUUCUCCUCCUCCACAGCGGAUCAUCACUCCAGAUGUAAGCCGUCAUUGUAUUUAUCUCUUCUUCUUCCUCUUGGAGGAAAAAAAGGGUGGAAAUGACAGAUUUUGUGCAAUUGUUUUCAGGACCACACUACAUUCCAACCUUCCUUAGACAUGGUUUUAAUAUACUUCUGAGUAUAGAUGAAUAUAAUUAUAUACAGUAUCUAUGUUUGUUCAUGUUUACAGACGGAUUCUCUCACUUCAUCUCAGUGAGUGGUGUAUUAUGUUUGUUUAGGUGUUAAGCAUUACGCAGACCUCCUUGUGAAAAUAGUCCUAUUAAGGUGAAAUAUAAUGGUAUAUAGUGUAAUGGUAUGACAUUACAGAAGUACUUGUGAUUUUCAUAUUGCCAGUCUCACUCGCCAUUGUGUACAUAAUUGGCUCAUAAUAUUGUAAAGUACGCAAAUACAGGAGGGACGGAGCCUUGCCUCUCUGGUUGUUCUUGGAAGAAAGAAACACUUUUUUAAACAACAAGACAGAUCCUUUUUCUUUUCUUUUUUUCAAUAAAGUUCUGUUCCCACAUUUCCCCUGAACAGUUUAUUUGUAUUGUAGAUGGUGGGGCUCAGCUUGUGAUGACUGGUGCUGUCUUAAAGUAUUGUUACUCAGCCUUAAGUUUGAUUCUGGCUGCAGUAACUACUGCCCAGAUGCAGUCCAUUUCAGUAAUGUUGUGUACUGUGAUCGCUUUGAUGCUUGUUUUUGUUUCAGUUUCUUUUUUGCCAAAUUUUUCUGAAAAGCACUUUUACGCGGCUUGUCGCUACACAAUUUAGCUUGGUCAUAGAUAUACAGAAAUGUAUAUUUAAAAAAAAACAUAAGACAAGUGUUUCAAAAUCGAUACCUCUUCUUGUAGUAACGUCGGGAUUUAAACUGUGUUGUAACUUUCCACUCAGUCAGAAACGUGGUGAGUUGCUGGGCGUGUGUUUUUGUUUUUUUGUUUUGUUUUUUUAUAAUAGAGGAAAGUGGCCUAAAUGCAUCUUGUUUCUUUUGACACGAGUAGGAAUGACUGCCCAGCUCCGUACAGAAAAGUCCACGUUUCCUCAAGGGGCACUUCUUCUCUUUAUAUUUACCACCUGGAGAACAUCCUCAAGGCUGGGCUUUAUAUAAAAACAUAAUGGUAUAACAACAGUCCAGUCCAGUAUGAUGUAAAAAGACAAACUUCUGUACAGUGUUUUUAAUCGCUCAUCUGUCAAAUCCAAAUUUUUUGUAUUUAUUGCACCACAUUUUAUACUAAUUUCUUUUUCCAACACCAGUGCAGUAAUUUGUCUCCCUGUCCAACAUGGACAAAGUGAAAUAGACUAUUUAAAAAGAAACAUAGGGAGUUUUACAUGAUAUAUCUGUAUUUAGUCAUUGCGUACGUUUGUUUUCAAUAUACAUUUGGUGUAAUGAUUCCACACUUUGGUAACAGCCGCUGCUCAUUGACCUGUAUCGUGACUCACUGUAAUAAGUGUUGAUAGCAGUGUGAAGCAGUUAAAUAUAGGAAUGUAAAGUUUCAGAAGUUUUUGUGCUUUUUUUUUUUUUUUAAGCCUGUACUCAAGGAAGUUUAUGCUUGUGAUUCUACCCCGGUUACAUGACUGUGUGUUUUCUGCCCCAUUGUGGUCCUUGUUUCAAGUCCAGCUACAGGGUUAAACUGUGCCAAUGUUUCCAAAUCAUUUCUUUGAAUGCAAAUAGUACAAACACUCAGUCUCCAGUUUGUUAGGAAGACCUAGCUACAACUAAUGCAGUCUAAUAAAACAGUCCUGCAUUACAUUCUACGUUCAUUAAAGUUUUAAUGUUCCGUUUUGGUUGAAACUGUUGUAGGUGUUGACUCUGGUCCAUCCCACUUAUAUCAAUGAGGGUAGACUAAGUAAGACAUGCACUUAAUUGGUUAAAGAAUUCUGAAAAAAAGACUUGGACUUCUUUUUCUGUAUUAUUUAUGCCAUAUUUGGGCACAAAUUUAAUAUCUUAAUGGUUCUGACUCUGUUGUUUUUUGGUUAUUACCAACCCUUUUCAGGAAGCCUUUUUAUGUGGAUUCCUGAAAAAAGACUAAACUUCCUGAUUUGUUGUUGCUCCCAAAUUUGCCAAACUUCACAUUCAGAGACGCACAUUUGUUCAUUAGUCAGUUGUAUGAAUAAGGGCAACUUCAACACUUCUUCCCUAUCAAGUAGGUCCAUCAUUAAGUCACUUUUACUCACUUACAAACUCAAAAUGGUUUGCAUGUCUAAACUUAACAAACUCAACAAAUUUCUUUCCUUUUUAAAUUUUAUUAAUGGGGUUUUUGGACACCAGAUACAUAAAUGUGUUUAUCUGACAGCAGGCAUUCUACACUUUUGUGUUUGUGGUUUCAGAAAAAAUGUCUAACUGAUGAUUUGUGACUAUAUAACUGUUCUUAAAGCCAAGUCUUUUUUAUUUUAAGGUAACUUGUUCAGCUGAAAUGCAUGCUUUCAACAUCAGUCUUCAAUGCCAGUGUUUUGUCUUUGUGUUCCUUUAUUAUUUUUCAGCACGGCCUUUGUUUUUCACCUGCAAAUCACAUGAUCACAACUUACUUUGUGCCAGUUGAUCCUAUUCUGCUCUUCUCAGAUAAUACAGCAGCAGUAUUUUCUAUAACUCAUUUAUUUGUCCCAACAUGGAUCAUUUCCUUCACUUAGAAUAUCCUUUGAUGUGUAAGUUCUGUUGGUUUAUUCUCACUAUAGUGCCACAUUUUUUAAAGAGACAGCAUGUUUAUCAUUUAAGUGACCCUUAUAUGUCAAGGAUUAUUAUUUUUUAUAUACACUUAAAUUAAGGAUGGACCCGCCCUCCCUUGUAUGUGAAACGGGUACGUUUUGGUUCAAUGAGACUUCUUUUGAUUUUUGUGCAAUGUUGCCGACUGUCUCUUUUAAUUGACAUGCUGUCAGAGCAGAAAUAGUGUUUGAAUAAAUAAAUACAUUCACCUUCAUGAGCACUCAUCUCUUUUUUUACUCGUAGUACAAUUUCUUACAUAAACUCUAACUGGGGUCAUAUCUAUCUCUCUUGGUGUUGCUUCAAUUAAAACGUGGAUGAACACAAAAUACCAUGUUGAUUACUGUUCCACCUGUGUUACUGCAUAUUGUUGAAGAACUUGUAAAUAGUUUGCAUUGAACUUGCAUAGAAUCAUGUUACUGUGGCGUGCUCUUUUUGCCUGUACAAUUCUGCUUCUAAAUGUGUGUGUGACUGUUGAGAUGACACUCUUUUUGUACAUGACUGUCUUUUUAUUUGAGAAUAUUGAUUCUGUCCUUUUUCAUUCUAAAGUUGAGUUUGAAGAGUUCAGAAAUGCCUGAAGUUUGACUUUAAUAAAGCUGUACUCUGUCUCAGU